CGCGGGCAGCAGGACCUCCACAUCCUCCCUGCUCGGUUCAACAGAGACCAAGCAUUCCCUUUUCUUUAUACACAUUCACCGCAGAGCUGGGUUACACUUUGAUAUUUUUGAACGUCAAAGUAAAGGUCACUUUUUUAAAUUUUCUUGUUUUUAAGGUCUGGCGGUCGGGGGACUGACUCUACCGCCGGGUUGGUAUUUGCAGCGGGUCAGCCGUGCAUCCUGUCCGGGGAGAGGUUUGCAGUAACACCGUGGGACUUUACACAUAAAGGAAACUGCAAUCUGGAAGUAUUUCUCUGUCGUAAUCCGCCUUUCAGCCGCUGGACUUUCGCAACUUUUACCUAGAAAUGGUUGGCAGGUUGAACUUGCCAAAUGUCUGUGAAGGAGAUCCACUGGAUAUGAGCUGCAGGGCUGAUAGAGGACUUGACAGCCCGGACUCCGGGUUACCCCCGAGCCCGAGCCCCAGCGCCUGGCUGCUGCCUGUGUGUGCGGAUAAAGCCGGGGCUGUGAGCCCGGUGUCUGAAGACGAGGGAAGGGGCUCUCUGGUUCCAGUUUUACCCACCGGAUCUUUCCAGCAGCUUCAUCCAUUGUCCUUUGGGGAAGGCAUAGCACUUGAUCCAUUACCAGCGAAGGAAAUAAGAUACACAUCAUCCGUGCACUACGACUCGGACCGACAUUUCAUCCAGGGCGUGUCCCUGAAGCCUACAGGCCAGGGCCUUGAACACUGCCAGCAGACCAUCAUGGCCGUGCCCCACAGUACCUGGCGCCACUACAAGACACAGCUGGAGUUCCAGCCUCGCCAUCGGCCUCAGCACUUCAAGAGCACCACCAUCAUCUACCCCAAGAAAACCAGCGCCCUCUUCACCACGGAGCUGAGCUACGACUGCCACCGACUGUCCAAGCGUUUCCUGUCCAGCGUGGAGCUGGAGGCGGCGGGUCGUAGAGAGCUACCUCAGUGAGGGAGGAGACACACAGCCCCUGUACUCUAGCUCCCCAAGGCCGGCUGCCAUUGACCUGCUGUGUUGUCUUUUUACACUUGUGUAUCUUUUUAAGUACCCUUCCUAAGCUGUGGGCAGGAAGAACCUGUGCUGUGAUGUUGCAUAUAUCAGAAAUGACAAGACAUGGACAAAGUGACAGUCCAUGUCUCCAUGUUUAUAUUCCUGCCAAUGGAUUAUCUAUCAGUUGAAAUGGAUAUGUCAUUAAAUGCUUCAUUUUUUUUGUUUUUAGUGGCUGUAGAAUUGGCUGAUAUGGACUGUCAUGACAACAAUACUUACAGCAGAGUAACUUUCCUCAAGUUGAUCAAGAAUGCAGAGUGAUUGUUUUUAAAUUUGAACGAUGAGGGCCGGCUCACUUCAAAGAAUUUGUAUUGUAAUCAUUCUUUUAAAACUGCUAACUUAGAACUAGAAAGCGACUCGUAUGUGAGGCAGAGGAAAUGAGAAUUUAAUGUGGUGAUGGAGUUUGGAUGCAUGCUAAAAAUCACUAAAUUAUCCACACUGUACAAAGGAUGUAAUGAAAAUACUUAACACGUGUUUCUCCACAGGGUAUUGUGUGUUUCUGCACAACAUAGACACAAGCUAAGCUCCUUCCGAGCCACUGUCUGGCUGCGAGUCAUAAUGUAUUAUGUAAAUGUUGGUAGAUUAAGGCAACUUUUCUGUUCCUGGUGAUGUGUAAGCUUAAACAAACUGAUUAAGUAUGUAGUAUAGAUGGGUCAUGAGUGUGGAGUUUACUGAAAAGUGGAUAUUAUUUUUGAUAUCGCUCACUGGCUUACUAGUGAAAAUAACAAGCUGCAUUCCACUGCUUUCACUUUCUUUGGCUUGACUUGGAUUGAAAUUGUAUUUAUUCUGUUGGACUUUUAUGUUCUGAGAUUUUAUCAGCUGUUUAACGGGUUUCUCCACAGUCAUGGCAAGGGAUGUUUUUGUGAUGCCCUUUGUGCCUUAUUGAUGUCUGUUGAUGCUUCUUUUUAAUAUAAGUCACUUAUUCAGUGCCAGUUUGAAAUAAAGUGUUCAUCAUUACAA